UAAAGCGCCUCUUCGCGUUCAGACUUCUGACAGACGAAGGACCCGUCGCUGUAUUUGUCAACGAUGGCGUCGUUUUGGCGAAUAAUUUCAUUAAUUUUCGCUUCACUUUUUGUUUAUGUUUCGACAGAGACGCGACUGUUUAACACGGAAAAUGUAAUCAACGUGACAGCAGUCAGUGAAAAUGAGGAAUCAGCCUACAAUGUGCAGAUUAGCUUGAAUGUUUCCCUGGUGGACAACAAAACCAUGGUUAAUGGAAUUCCUCUCAAGCCCUCGGAAGUAACCAGGAUGCCGUGUCAGGCUUUGCUCUUGGAUGACAGUAACGCGAGCCUGAGUGACGGAGCCGAUAUGUUCAUCAGCAGCGUGCUGAGACUGAUGCUGGAUCACUCGUAUAUGCAGAACGAUGCAGGAGACGAAGUGCUGCUGCUCACGCUGGGUCAGGAGAUGAUCCAGCUGGGUGAGGAGAAGGUUUGGCAGCCGGAUGUGUGGGAGGUGAAAAUGUUAAUGAAUCAAACCUCUGAGGAGGUAACCCAAGUACACAACAUCUAUCCCGCAAGAUCCAGCAAGAUUGCAGCCAUGCCUCGGGAAAAUGAUGUCAUCAUGUUCGAAGAGUACUUCUUUAAAAAAGACGAUGACCCGGUCCUGCACACCACCAGUCACUACCCACUGCGGCAGGCUGAAACCACACAGGAGGAAAUAGCCGCCCCGGGAAAACUCCCCGAAACGCCACUGCGCAUGGAACCCAACAUGAUGUACGAGUCUGCACCAGAGGAGAAAAUUAAUCCAGAUGAUCUGCUCCCAGAAGUUCCUCUCAGACAGGCACCUUCUUCUUACAACAUGGUGUGUAGGUGGGUGGAAGAGCUCAGGGACAGGCUGAAGCGCUUCUGUUCUGAAUCUCUGCCCCUCUUCUUCCUCAUCAUGUGGGUGGUGGUCGUGGGCGUCGUUGGCUCUGCCGUCAUCAUUAAGAUCCUGGACCUUCUGUUUCCCACUUGCGAACACAAGGGAUUUUUUCACCUGAAUCCAGACACUCUGAUGCCGGACGAAGAGAAGCAGAGCCUGGUGGAGAACAUGGAGCUGGAGGACGAGACGGAGACAGAGAAGAACCCUUUGAGGGAGAACUUGUACUGAAUGUGAUCUUUUUUGUCUUUUCCAUUCGUGGCAUUUCCUUCAGUACGGAUGCCUGUGAGUGUUUUCUUUUCCAAAUGUAGCACUUUAUAAACUCAGAUGAAUUGCUUUGCUCUUCUUUAUUGAAAACAUGGAGUGCUGUCGUUUCACUGAAGCAUUACAUUAGAUUUAAAAUCCUCUCUUCUUCGUUCUGGCCAGCUGCUACAGCGCUGUGCUGAUGGAAAACGAUUCUGUUGUGUGUGAUGAUGUGUUUAUGCACUCACGUCACUCUGUGAUUGAGAUGUCAUCAAAUAGGACACGGUGUAGUAUUGGGACCAUUACAUUUUGUGGAUUGGUAAAUGUAUGUACACCUCCAAGAAAGCCACCAUCCAGACAUUUCUGGUCAUUAUAACAGAAGCAGGAAAUAACAAUGGACGGAUGUUUUAAAGGCUCUUGGGCGCUGACUGUAAGGAUUUUUGCAUGCUCUUUUUAAAUAUCUGCAUGGGGAUUUUUUCUGGGUACUCCAGUUUUCUUCCACCUCCCUAAAACCUGAAGAAGGUGGAUUGGCUGCUCUAAAUUGCCUCCAGAAGUGUGUUAAUGUGUGAAUGGGUAAUCAUAUCCUGACCUGCAAGUGUUUAGGCACAAGACAGGAAUACAUCCUAAACAGUUUACCAGUGUUUCCAGGUGACACUGGACCCACCUUCAUUGUGAUACUUCAAAGUCAUCAGUGAGCUGGGUUUCAUCUCGAGUUGAACAAUGUUUGUUCGGGGGUUUUUUUUUUACUCCAGAUUACCAAAAAUGUAACCAUGUGGUUUUUAUAAUACGUUUACACUGGCAGUGCAGAAACGCACAAAAUGUUCAGCAGUCAGUAUUAUUUAAUAAUGGCUGGCAAGCCACAGCGAUGCUGGUGGGAUGAUGAUUGUUACUGAUGAGGGUGGGCAGAUUUAGUGAAGUAAUAAAGAUUAUAAACUGCCUUUCAGUAAUUUAUUGGGAUUUCUGUGGGUGUACAUAACAUUUUUGUUGGCUGGAUACAAGUCUACUCUAUUGCAGUUCCAAUUAAUUGGUAGUGCAACAGCAGACAUCUGGAAACCCUGAUCAUGAAGUGAAGCAUCCAGUGGUAACCACCUCGCAGCAAACUGCCAGUGUGAACGCAACGUUCGGAUGAUGCCCUAUAUAACAGAAACUCUCAGUCGCUUUUGUUUGAUGGAAACAUUGUAUUUAUGUUGAAUAGCAAUAUAUGGAAUACAGUUCUGCUUCUGAGCUGAUGUUUGUGAUAUUAUAUCAUUAAGAGCAUGUGAACUGAUUCUUGCAAUGCGUGAUGUAAUUAUACAUGUAUUGAAACAAAACCAUUAAACUUUGUCCUCAUUUCUGAUCUGACAAAUCAGUGAAUGGAUUUAA